AUGUCGAAAUCGAAGAAGAACCAUAAGAUCGACGAUCAAGAAAAGUGGGAAAACCACUUGGUACUCCGUGUACCAGACCGCUUCGUGGACCGGAUCGAGAAGAUUGUCAACGAGGAGCCAGGAGCAGAGAAGUUAGCGAUCGACGUCAAUGACGACAACCGAGCAGUCCAACUUCAAUUGGGAAAGGAGAUAUUGAAGGCUACCAUUAUGGAUUUGCCAACUAUCACUGAGGUCCACAAAACUAUCGACAACAAGAUCAUCCACAAGGUGACCGAUGUCUCUCAGAUGGUCGUGGCAAAUGAGCUUGUUCCAGCUUCAAAGAGCAAGAAAAAUAGAAAGAAGAAGAAGGAGCAAACCAAAAAAGGAGAGGUGGAUAACGUCUCUCCAGUCGAGAACGAGCCGGAAUCAUCUGCACCAGUACCAUCAGCUGCCCCAAAACUAUCGGCCAAGAAAAUGUUCCAAUUUCCCCACGGAUUGACCCCACCGAUGAGAAACUGCCGCAGCCGCAGAUUCAGAAAACAGAAAGCCAAGAAAACCAUGGAUACCGAUGAGAGACUUCUUCGCGCCGACCUGGAAGCUGAUUCGAUUCGAUGGGAAAUAGUUCAAGAUGAUGGAGAAGAAAAUCCCAAUGAGGACGACGCGGAGGCUUCUCCAAAUAAGGACUACAAAGAGGGUGACAGCGACCAAAACUCCGAUUAG